CGACGUGACCUGGACGGCCGCCGCCUUCCAGCUGUCCCUUUAAUCGGCAAUAUCAUAUGAUCCCACAGAAGCUUCCUGUUCGCCGAAGAAGAAAUGCUGUGCAGCAGAGCGUUGGAAGUUUUUUAGGAGCAGCUUCAAUGACAGAUGAGUAACCGCACAGGCAGCAGGAGGCAGGAAGCUGCAGAGGAUGGAGAGCGGAGUCUCAUUCGACCUCCGUCCCAUCACGCCGGGGAGAGCCUCCGGGAUCAAGACUCCUCAACGACCCCGUGUUUCGUCUACUUGCUGGCGUUUUUCUCUGCCCUGGGUGGAUUCCUCUUCGGGUAUGACACGGGGGUGGUCUCCGGAGCGAUGCUGCUCCUGAAGAAGGAGAUGCACCUGAGCGCCCUGUGGCAGGAGCUGCUGGUGUCCAGCACCGUCGGAGCCGCGGCGCUCUCCGCCCUCAGCGGGGGCUUCCUGAACGGGUGGCUGGGGCGCAGGAUUUGCAUCCUCAUCGCCAGCUUCAUCUUCUGUGGCGGUGGGAUUGUUAUGAGUGUCGCCCAGAGCAAAGUGGUCCUCCUUGUUGGUCGCAUCACAGUGGGUUUGGGCAUCGGCAUUGCUUCUAUGACGGUCCCUGUAUACAUUGCAGAGGUUUCCCCUCCACACCUGCGAGGUCAGCUGGUCACCAUCAACUCUCUCUUCAUCACUGGUGGCCAGUUCAUAGCCAGUGUGGUGGACGGGGCUUUCAGCUACCUGAGUCACAACGGCUGGAGGUACAUGCUGGGUCUGUCCGUCCUGCCUGCCGUGCUGCAGUUCUUUGGCUUCGUCUUUCUGCCGGAGAGCCCCCGCUGGCUCCUGCAGAAAGGCCGGAGUCAGGAGGCCCGCCGAGUCCUGGGCCGGAUCCGGGGGGACCGGAAUGUCGAGGAGGAGUAUGACACCAUCAGGACCAGCAUUGAGGAGGAGGAGAACGAUACGGGAUCAGGAGGCAUCGUCAUUUUGCGCAUCCUCAGCUACGGACCGACUCGCAGGGCUCUCGUUGUUGGGUGUGGCCUCCAGAUGUUCCAGCAGCUGUCUGGGAUCAACACAGUCAUGUACUACAGUGCUACCAUCCUGCAGAUGGCCGGGGUGCGGGAAGACAAACAGGCGAUCUGGCUGGCUGCUGCAACCUCAGCUACCAACUUCGUGUUCACCUUGGUGGGAGUGUGGCUCGUGGAGAGGGUAGGCCGCAGGAAGCUGACGCUGGGCAGUCUUUUAGGAACUGGACUGAGUCUGACUUUGUUGGCCGUCGGGUUCCUGCUGUCGGCCCAACACUCUCCUCCUGUUACGCUCCACCCCAUCGACUUUCACAAUUCCACCUGCAGGCUUUAUGGGUCCUGUGAACCGUGCAUGUUGGAUCCAGACUGUGGAUUCUGUUACCUUGAAAACGACGCCGGCGUGUUCAACUCUUCCUGCGUUCCUGUCAGUCCGGCAUCACCCGACAGCGCAGCCUGGGGAAGAUGUUCUAAUCGGACGGAAGAAUCUUUCAGCCCAUAUUGGGCUUACAAUUACUGUCCCACAUCGUACUCCUGGGUUGUUCUUUUGGGCCUCAUCCUCUACCUCGCAUCAUUUGCUCCAGGUAUGGGCACGAUGCCCUGGACGGUGAACUCAGAGAUCUACCCGCUGUGGGCACGCAGCACCGGAAACGCCUGCUCUGCUGGCGUCAACUGGAUCUUCAAUGUGCUGGUGUCUUUGACUUUUCUCCACGUUGCAGAGUAUCUGACGUAUUACGGUGCGUUCUUCCUGUACGCGGGCCUGGUGGUGUUGGGGCUCCUCUUCGUCCUCUGCUGCCUCCCGGAGACGAAGGGCUUGCAGCUGGAGGACAUCGAGAGUCUGUUCACCAGGCGGCUCUGCUCUUGUAGAGAUUUGCCAGCGAGCGACGACCCCCGCGUCCACUACAUCCGGGUAAAAGGCAACAACUACCUCCAUUCUGACAACGACGCCUCAGAUGUAGAGUAGAGCGGGUUGGCUUUUUAUUUUUGGUUGCCUUUUUUUUUUUUUUUACUUUCUUGUCUCUCUUUUGAUUCUGCUUUCUGUUCUGUUUGAAGACUGCUCAUGCAGGGAGGAAAGACAAUCAUGCUGCCGUAGAAAACACUGACUGCGUUUCCAUUGGCCAGACAAUUGCGCAAAUUGGCAAUUGCAAAUUGGAAUUACAAAAAUAAAUUUGCUUAAUGGAAGCACAGCAAUUUCGACAAAAAUGUUUUUUGAUUAAAAGGCUUUUGCCAUAGGACGAGGUGGUUUAUCUGCUGUAUAAAAUUGGUAGAUUUCUCAAAACUGAAACCUUUUUUCGCAUCAUACGAGUCACAUGAUCAACAACUAGAAGUUAUUACUGGCAGAAACGACAAAGAAGACGACAGGAAAUGGCAGAAGGAUGUUUUUUUAAAGACUUUUCAUGAGAACAAACUCAUUUGUGUGUGAUUUUAAUUGCAUUUCCUAUUUAAUGGAAACACAACAAUUGCGAAAUUGUGCUUAUUCAACAUUAGCAGAAUAUGGACCAAGUUUUGCCGACAUUUGUAAUGGAAACGCAGCUAAUGGCCGACUAUUGCUCAAGGUACUAAUACGUUAGCUGUUGUUUUCCACCUAAAAAGGGAAACAAGCCUCUAAAGGUGACAGAAGCAGAUCAUUGUUGUGUUCCUGAAAACUCUCUUUCCCAUGAAUGGAACAAUCAUCUGGCUGCAGAAAUAUUACGAGAAAAAAAAAAAGAUCAGAGGGACUAAACCUUCAGUUCUCCUCAGCCAUUCUGGAGCGUAAAGAGACGCGGAUUUACACCUCCUGCAAACUCUGCAUGAUUUCAGUCUGACACCUCCUUCUGUGGUUUAGCCUGGGAGAGUUCAAACGUGGGACACCAGCAAGAAUGUGUUUUUGCUCGUAAGGUCCACGAAGAUUCCCAAUGAUUUCCGUCACGUUGCAAAACACAUUCUUGUCAAAUUCACUAACGUGGGUUGAUUCUCCUAAUCUGCGCUGGUGGGGAAAGAAAACAACCGAUUGUGGUUUGCUGUUUUCGUGGUGAGAGUCUGCACUAUGUAAGCCAAAUGUUUUUUGGGUUUUUUUUUUUUUACUGUUUUUUAAAUUUUAGAAUGUGUACGUGUUCCUACAUUGUUAUUGUUUUUUUUAUAGCAAUCUUCAGAUUACAGGCCGGCACAUUAUGGAGCAGUGGACUCAGACUGCGCCAUAGCCUAUAUCACUGUAAGUACAGCCUCAAGGUGAAGUGCUAAAAGCUUUGCCCUUAUUUUGUAAUAUUGUUAUGAAUCAUAUGUCCUUGUUGUUGCAGCUCAGAUAAUCAUGGCCAAGUGUCCCUGAACAACAUAAAAACAGGAGGCGUUUUUUUUUACACAGUCAUUUUGUGCUCAUUUGAUUUUGUGGUACUGUGGGCACGUUCAAACUGUACAGGAUUUCUUACUUAAACCGUUGUUAUGUUGUUGAUUUUAUUUGUAGUCGAGGUGUUUGCAAAUUGCACAAAAUGUCCAACACACUGGAAGACCUUUGUAUCUGUAUGUUUUAUGGUGGCAACUGUUUUCUACAAACUAUGAACGCAUUGCGACGCUUCGCGAUGUAAAACGACGCAAACUCUGUCCCAAGUGCAAAAAUAAAACAUUAUGUUCUGCCAACAGAUGUUGACAGUUGCCUUUU